GGAAAAGCAGCCAACAACUCCUUCAAGACUGUUGGAAAAGCAUUCCAGGUGAAGCUGGUUGAGAGAAUGCAAAGGGUGGCUACUUUGAAGAGUCAAAAAUAAUGUUGUCUACUCCUGCCAGUUUACUAAUCACUGGGUCUGACUACCUUCAUUACGCACAACUGGCACCAUCGGUACACACACCUGCGCCUCAUCGUGACACACCUGGACUCCAUCACUUCUCUGAUUACCUCCCCAAAUGUCACUCCCAUAGUUCCAUUCUCCAGGCAGUAUUGGUUGUGUUUCAUGUCCAGUCGCUACUCUUGUCUUAGUUUACUACAUGAUUCCAUAUGUGUCAUUUCAUUGAUUUGAUGUCUUCACUAUUAUUCUACAAUGCAGAAUAUAGUAAAAAAUAAAGGAAACCCUUUGAAUGAUUAGGUGUGUCUAACCUUUUGACUGGUACUGUAUAUCAAUCUAUAUAAAGGAAGAGAAGCUUGUUCCUGACACCCGAGAGAGAUGCAUUUCUUUAUUUCAGAUGGCUUUUGCGGCUACUAUACAGAUAUAGACGUACAGGAGGCUAAUUCGUUUAGAUCAGAAUAUUUUUUCUAAAGAUAAGCAUAUUGUUAGAUUAUAUGAGUAACUCUGGUAGGCCUCAAACUGACUUUCUCACCUUAAAUUCAACUGACGGAGUCAGUUGGAGUGCCGCGACGCACUGCCUUAACGAAGUUUACCCAGGACACUCCUGACCUGCAAACCAACAUUUUAUUUCAUAAUUGGUUAAAAUUAGGUUACGGUAAGAGUAAGUUUUAGAUGUUGGUUAGUCGUUUUACAUGCGUAUCCUUAUCGAGAUUCCCUAAAAACACACCUCUUCGAUACAACUACGACCGGAAGUGGCUUUUUUCGUAGCAGGUUUGGGGAAUUUACGCAGCAGGAUAGGAUAAAUCGAUUCCUGACCUGCUAUAAAAAGUAACUAUAUCGAAGUUGCGUGUCCUUAUCUUAUAUACUCUGCCUUUUUCCUGCAACAACUCAACUUCUCUGUUGUGCGCCUCUCAUUGAAAGUUCAACAAUGAUCCGGUUAAUGGUAUUCAUAAGAACUGUUUACGAAGAACAACUUUUCCUGUUCCUGUUUCGGGGUUGAUUUUGUUUCACUGGUAGGCUACAUUCAACAUUAGGACAAGUCCUCUGCCUCUUCUCAAGAUAUGAAAGCGUGUUCAACGUGAUUUCCCGUUGUGUCAUUGAGAAAAAACACUCGUAUGAAUAUCCCUAUGCUGCUGAGAUGGAGGAGGCGUACACAGAGCUGUACAGGGAGUUCCUCCGAUUGCGCUCGCUAUGUCUGAAGCAGGCUGCUCUACUCCAGCAACUCACAGAGACACUGAGGAGACAGCGAGGAGAAGCCCCUGUUCCUGAUGGACAACCCAGCGUAAUGGCACCAAUCCCAGUCCAGUGCACCCAGGGUAGCCUGGGGUCUCUCCCUGCACGGCCAGAAACCCCAAUGGUACCAACACACAACCCUGCUGCACACCGUGGCGGUAUAGUCCUAUCUGGGGCCUUUGGCUCACUCUCUGAUCUCCUGGAGGGGGAUUUGGGCAGACUACGGCUGGACUUUGCUCAUCCAGGGACAGAAAGGAAUGCGGUCCUCAAAGCCGCUCCCCUCAGGCCUCUGGAUCUACCUGGGGGUAAUAAUGGAGAGGUGGCACCCUCCAGUGUCUCUGGGGACUCGAAGCAAGCAGGUCGAUUUUGGGUUGAUGAUACGACCCGACAAAUGUUCCGGAUGCCCUCUGCGUGUGGCUCCUUCUUGGACAGUGAGUUCCUGAGCCAGACCGGGGGAAUGAUGCUGAUGUCAGAGGUGACAAUGCAGUCUCAGGUGUGUGACUUCUGCAAUGCUGUGUUCCCUGGCUACACCACCACCAGGGGGGACUUCCUGCGCCACCUCCACACACACAUCAGCUAAAACUCUGGUUCCAUGUUGAUUCAACAUCAUCGCAUAGAUUUUUGGGGCUUGAAAUGAUUCAACAAGUUUUUUUUCCCCCAGAGGGUUAUUUUGUUGCCACAGUGAUCAGUAAUUUGCGCCAUGGGCCCUGGUCAAAAGUAGUACACUAUAUCAUAGGGUGCUAUUUGGGAUGCAGCCUUGGUCUUUCACAAUCAAAGCAGCGACGCAAAAGCACACAGCAGAACUCCUCAACGAGCCACCAGAUUGGCAGCUAUAUCUCGCUAUAUUUAGUCUGCUCUCAUCGUGGUGGGGGGUGCGCACUCACAUGGCGUGAAAAGAGGGUGACAUCACAGAUACAGGUGAGUCAUGCAAGCAUCGUUUGUACAGGAUUAGCACUCAGCACAGAACUGGAAGGAACAAACAACUUGACGGCGGUGGUGAUAUUGGGGGGAGAGUGGGAAUGUCUGUUUGGACUUAGUGAUUUUCUAUUAGUUCCCUAAUUGCUGGCAGCAUUCGAAUGACGAAGGCUUAUUCAGCCUUAUCGUACAUUUGACUCUCAUGCUCCGUCAAAAGGAGUGCAACAAAUGGGGCCACAAGAUUAAAACAAUAAAAUAACAUUUAUUGAGAUUUAACAAAAUAAAUAAUCUUCUGUUCAACAUAACAAACUGAGGUUGUUUAAUGCUUGUGAGGCAGGAGGUUACAGUUUAGGUACCUCAUGGUAAUAAUGUGUGCAUCCCAAAUUGCAUUAUAUUUCCUCUAUAGAGCACCACCUUUAACCAGAGCCAUAUGGGCCCUGGUCAAAAGUAGUUCAUUAUAUAGGAUAUUGAAGGCCUUUUGGGAUGCAGAAAAUGAAAUGUCCUUGAUUCAACCUGAUUUCCUAAUCAUCCAAACACCUUUUCAACAUUCAUACCCAGUAACAUCUGAUGUUUUCUUAGUAAAAAAAAAAGUUAAAUUAUCCCAAACUCCAUUGUCAAAGAAUUUAGUGUUUAAUAUGACAAACAUACUGUAUAAAAAAAAUAAAACAUUGGGAGAUGA